GUCACACCCGUGUGACGUCGGGCCACCGACGUUUACAUAGAAUAUAAGACACAUAUGUAACCAUAGAGUAUAAGACGCUCAUGUAACCAUAGUAUGUAGGACGCAUCAUAUAGUCAAACCACAUAUAACCGUAGCUUGUAAGAUAUUAUUCACUCCAUGUUUAACCGUAGGCUUAGGACACAUUAUAUCCUCCUAGUUCGUAAUACAUAUUAUAUCCAAUGCUUAUGUUGGAUUUAUUCAACACAAUAAGUGUUGCCUUCAACAAAAAUCAUCGGGUCGUAAACUUUCACUAACGUUGGAGUUUCGACGCAAGAGGUUACAGAUGUUUGUGUUUUACCAUAGGACCCAUAGGGUCUAUAGACUCGUAACGGAUUUUUCCUUCGACGAGUUUUCUUAUUCUUACGGUUUUCGUUGACUAGUAAAGACGUACCUUUCCGAGCUUCAAAAGUUAAAUUAAAGUUUCUGUCAAAACAUAAUUGAGUAUCAUUACUUUGUCUCACCGCCUAUUUCCUAUAGCUUAUUCAUAUGUUAUCGCGUAAAGUUACGGACCAGUAUGUAACCAAGUAGCGUAGGAACCACUCGACAUUCCUUUCCCACAAGAUAAGUCCUUUCUUCGAACCUAAUCUCAUAAACAUCCUGAAGUCCUUUCCUCGAACCCAAUCUUAUAAACAUCCUCCUGAUAAUCCAACUCAUAAACAUCCUUUAAGACAAAUUAAUCAUGAUAUCCCUAUCGACUCCAGACCAUAACAUCCGUCAGAACAAAACUCCUUUAUUCCAAAUCAUUAUUUCUUGAUCACGUUUCAUAAACUUCCUUUAGAUAAGCCCAAUCCUCCGUUAUCAGACACCUAGCCAUAACAUCCUCUUACAUCAGCCCAGAACGUUCUAGAACGAUUUCCUUUGUCCUUAACCACUAUAAAAGCCACCUCAUUCCUUAUUACCCAGCUCCAGUCAGCCAUAGUCUGCCUAUCAAUAACCUCAGUGAUAGGUAAUCCUGCCUGAGGCCCGUCCAUCCAUCCAGCAAUCAUCAUAUCAGCCCAGUCUGAUUCCUCGGGAGAUCGUAACCGACUCCCCUUCCGUCGAGUGAGUAGACAUAAGAACAUAUUAUAAAGGAACCACACAUAUAUAUAUUCGAGGGUUUAUUAUUGAAGAAUAUAUUGAUAUAUAAUUAUACUGUGUCGACUUCAAUACCUAAUACCUGCACGACUUGACUUAUACUAUCGAACCUCCGAGCUUCAGUGAUAAAUCACGCAAGACGUAGUUAACCAACUACGGCGAGGACAUAGAAAUAUUUCAACGUCUCCAACAACAGCUGCUUCCACGGGACCCAGGGCCACGACGUACGCCUAAGAGCUGCGCUAACCCGAAAGCUGAGAGAAAUAAUCAAAAGAUACAGUCAGCGAGGCGAAUGAAAUAGAAUAUUAUUUCGUUGGACACCCCUGGUUGUAACAAAAUUGGUGACAGCGGUGGGAUUGACUCAGCACCGUGGAAAGAUAGCUGCCUACGUGACAUUUUACGGGCCAAGAUUACGCAGCGUGAGAAGAAACAAAGCAAGCAAGGAGGUCUCGAGAUAAGGAGUACGCCAUACGUUAGGUGACACCGGCCAGAUGCUCGACCGUAGCGAGCGGGAGAUAAGGGCGCUGCAUUCCUGAACGCGCCAGUUCCCACGACGCGCCGGGUCUCACGCCAGCGCGUGUGACGCACUCGCUGCAACCGCAGCGGCUCGCUCAUUCAAUCACGCUCCGUAGUACGGUGAAGACGUUUAGUUUCGCGCUUCAGUGUUUUCGAUAGAGCAGAUUCCUAACGUUCUCGACUUUGCAAGCGGUACGUGCGCUCCAGGGCUGUACUACAUCUUGCCUGGAAGGGACUUAGUGUAUUCUGUGCACAAAUUCGUUAGUUCUCCGUAGAUAUUCGUGUCACACUUGCGCGUAAAAGCGAAGGUGUUGCCACGGUAUUGAAAGAAACUACGAAUUUUUCGCGUAUAAAUAGUGAUUAGCUCAAUAACGAGCCGACAACCGCUGCUGGUGAACGGAUUUUUGCGCGUCUCCGAACGCUGCUUAAUACGCUAACUAACAGCAUGUCGGUAAGUCAUUGAGACUGGGUACAGAAAUCUUACCUUUCUUUUACACGGGUUAAAUCAUUUUUAUUCAUCAUCGUUUAAAAAUUGGGGAAAAAGGAAGCGUGGCUGCCGUGCGGGCAGAAGAGUAAAGGCAAGGAAGCUGCAGCUCCUUGAGGAGGAAUUCCUGGAACAAGUGUUUGGACCAGAGAUAGUGACAUUGGACAGUGAAUCGGACACUGGGACGUCAUCACGCGAAGUGCCGUUGUUGAGUUACGAUAUUUUGGACACAAAAAGUGCCAUCAAAGUGUAUAAACCAGCGGGUUAUUCCCCGCUAAAGUGUUGGUUGAUUUUUUUUUUCGUGCGUUCCACGAGGGCGAGUGGUCGUGCCCACCCACAGUGAAUGAGUUCUGUCAUCAACAUGCCGUCUCAACCGGGUGGGACCCAGAGGACGUCGACGAUGGAGCUUCGGCCCAGACAGACGGAGCAAAUAAGCGAGGACGAAGUCGCCAUCAUCCAAAAACAGCAGAUUGAGAAGGAGAAACGCCUCCGGGAGGAGACCAGGAAACUCGACGAUGAAAGACGUGAGUUAGAACAAGCUCGUCGACAGAACGAGGCAUUAUUGGCAAAAAUCCGGGGCGCUGAAAAGGACCAGGGCGCAAUCCCGAAGAAGAUGGACAUUCCCGAGGAACUUCCCGCAAGAAUGGAGGUGCCGAGCGUCGCUGUCGGAGGUGAAUCUGUCAGCUACACAUUAAGCGAAGCCGUGAAGAUGGUACCUGCGUUCAACGGCACAACACCGACUUUGUUAACAUUUACGCGAACCCGCAAAAGAGCUGCCGCCGUCGAAGAUGAGGAAGCGGACACCGUCGCCGAAUUAUGCAAUUUGCUGAAGGAUAUCUUCGGACCACAGCGAACCAUCGAUUACUACCGCGACGAAUUGGCGAAUGCGUACAUGAAGAGCGGUGAGCACAUUUUAGACUUUAUAACUCGUGUAAAGGAUUUGCGCGAUGCGAUCCUCGAUUGCGAUAGAAGCAUUCCUGAUGUAGACGAAAUUAACGAUUUCGUAAAAAAUUGUUUUAUCGACGGAUUAAUGUCACCGUUGCGUUUAGAAGUGAAACAGGUCGCGUCUCAGCCGUUAAAAUGUGUGUUCAGGGAAGCGAUCUCCGUAUUCAAGCGCCUCGAAUUAGAAAAAUCGAGACUAGGUCGUACCGAAACGCGUCGCGUGAAUUUUGAAAGGCGCGACCAAACACCAGAAUGGCGCGAGCGUAGGCUAAGUAGUCCACCGCAUCGCGACUCGUGGCGGUCAACGUCACCCGCUCUGUCGCGAAACUAUCAAUCAGACCGUGGAUUUACGCGAUAUCUUCGUAGAGACGAUAGGCGAGAUCCGCCACGAUCGGAAAAAUUUUGCCGGUUCUGUAAUAUUCCGGGCCAUGAUCUGCACGAGUGCAGGAGACGACAAUACAGCGAACGAAUGCGGAAUUCCGGAAACGAGCGAGCCCUCCCACCCGCGGCGACCAAGGGAUGGGAGGGCCCAAGCACGAAAACAGUGCACGCGGUCACACUAGAACAGCCAGAAUCAAUUGCGUCGACGGCUGUGAAACAACAAUCCCCCAAAUCAGAGUAAACGCUCCGGAGCUAAAAUCGCAG